GAAAUUGCGAUUCACUCCUUCAAGAAUCUUCUCCUUUUUUGAAUGAAAUCCUAAAUGUGAAAGGUUUGGUUAUCGGACUCCCAGAAUCUGUGUUUCUCGGCGGCGUCGAAGCCGGAGAUACAAAGAUUCUUCUAGAUUUUCUGUAAUUUUCCCAUUCAUCUUCUCCGCUUGGGGUUUUCGAUCGUUGUCCCCAACUGAAUCCGGGUCGAGCCGAUAACCCGGUUUGUUUCUCGGAGAAUUCUCCUUACGCUUGGAUUUUCGACGGAAAUUAUGGAUCGAGACCGAUGAUCACUUGCGCCAUGUGCGAUUAAAUGGCGCACCGAUGGCGGAGUAAGGCGUCUCGGGUCUCCAUUGGAUCCUGGUUGGGUUUGCGGCUUGGAUCACCUGAUUCGAACCUGACCCGUGCAAGUGACUUUCGGAGAUGUCUAGAGUUCGUUUCCCAUUUACGGCAUUCUAAGCAAAGUAUAACGUAUUAAGAGACGCAAAGGAAAGGAUAGAAUCAAGAGACGCCCUCCUAGCUUCUCUUGGUUAUAUACGCACACCCAUUCCCAGGCACAGUUCAUCGCUGCAAUCAUCGCAAAACCCAACUGAGAGAGGAGCGGCAAGGAUGCCGGAUUGGGAUGACGGCAAUCACGAGAAGGUGAAAAAGGUGAAGGUCACGUACACCAACAACACCAUCUACUCGAUACAGGCCGAUUACUGCGACAAUGACGACACCGUUCAUGGUGAGGUUCACGGUCGCAAAGUCGGAAGCCAAUCUGCUGAGAUUGAGUUGAACGCAGACGAGUACCUCACGGAAGUGGAUAUCUACGAAUCCACCUAUUCAGCUUCAUUCACGUUCAAGAGCAACCAAAGAAGUUUUGGUCCCUAUGGAACAACGUAUCCAAAUUAUCAUCACAGAGAGAUAAAAUCGCCGGAAGGCAGCCAUAUUGUAGGGUUCCAUGGCAAGAGCAAUGAUUAUCUUGACCGUCUUUAUGUUCAUUUCGGACCCAUAAACUCGUCCGGAAUCGUGAAGUUGGAAGCACAAGGACGUAAGGAAGGCCUAAGAUGGGACGACGGAGAAAAUCACGACGGCAUCAAGAAUAUUAUGGUCGGAGUUGGUCACAAGGGCGUCCACUACGUCAAGUUCGACUACGACAAGAGCGGACUACUCAACGAUGCACCCGUCCAUGGGGUUCGAGACCAAACAUUCUCACUACCACCAUUUGAAAUCGACCGUCCCGACGAGUAUCUAGUAUCGGCGGUGGGUUACCAUGAGGAUGGCAUCAUUCAGGGUCUUCAAUUCAAAACCAACAAGAGAGAAUCCCAUAUCUUUGGAUAUAGCGACGGUACCAAGUUUACACUUGAGGUCAAAGACAAAAAGAUUGUCGGCUUCCAUGGAUAUGUCGGUAUUGCUCUCAACUCCAUUGGAGCUUGCUUUGUACCCAUUUCCUCCUCCUCGUCGUCUUUGUUAAACAAAUCGGGAACCCAAGGUGGUAAAGGAGGCAAACAGUGGGACGACGGAGCGGAUCACAACGGGGUUACAAAGAUAGUAGCUGGAGUUGGUCGGAAAGGUGUUCACUACGUUAAAUUUGAAUACGACAAGAACGGACAACUGGAAGAGGGACCAAUCAGAGGGCUCCCAACAGGAACAUUGCCGCAACCGUACACAUUUGACAUCGACCAUCCGAAUGAGUAUCUCAUUUCCGUCGUUGGUUACUAUGAGGGUGACAACGUUAUCGGUCUACGUUUUCGAACCAACGAAAGGGAAUCUCAAGUAAUCGGAUAUAGCGACGAGGGUACUAAUUUCAUACUCGAAGGCAAGAACAAGAAGAUUGCCGGGUUCCAUGGAUUUGCCGAUACGACCCUCAAUUCUCUUGGAGCUUACUUUGUGCCCAUCCUGUCAUCAUUGCCAUCUUCCACUGAUAAACUGGAAGCUCAAGGUGGUAAAGGAGGGGAAGAAUGGGACGACUUUGCAGAUCACGACGGCAUAAGAAAUGUGGCCGUCGGGCUUGGUCGGAAAGGCGUUCACUACAUCAAGUUUGGUUACGACAAGAGUGGACAGCUUAAAGAUGGACCAAUACACGGACUUACGAAUGGAACACUCUCCCCGCCACCGACUUUUGAGAUUGAUCAUCCUAAUGAAUAUCUCAUAUCGUUCGUGGGUUAUUACAACGAUAACAUCAUCCAAGGUCUUCAAUUCAAAACCAACAAGAGGGAAUCUCAAGUCUUUGGUUAUGGAAAGGGUACUAAGUUUACACUCGAGGUCAAGGACAAGAAGAAGAUUGUCGGCUUCCAUGGAUACGCUGAAACUUGUCUCAAUUCCCUCGGGGCUUACUUAGCACCGGUUUCCUCCCCACCCCGGUCCUCUGUCGAUAAAUCGGAAGCCCAUGGUGCUAAAGAGGAGAUCAUAUUUGAUGACGGUGUGAUAAAUGUUGAAAUAAAACCCUAAUCUUGAUUUCAAGUUUAAUUUCGGAUCAUUAAUCCAUGGAAAUUAAACUGUAACCAAAAUUAAUUCAUCAUCUCACGGCGAAGAUUAUGCCCAAGCGUCUGUUGUUUUUCUGCAUAUGUUGCGUAUCAAAUUAGUCCUCUAUAUAUAAGGUCAAAUUGAUUA